AUGAAGGGCCAAAAAAGAAAGCGUCCAUCUACUAGAGGUGGAGUCUCCACUAGAGCUAGAAAGACGGUCUCAGAUGAGAAUGAGCCGACAAGACAACCACCACAUACCCUUGAAUUUUACAUCAAGAGCACGGAGUUCACGAAGACUUGCAAGAUUCAAACCAAGUGCUUUGUGAAGAACACAGUCGAUGUGAUUAAGAAGCUUAAGGAGGAGGUUAGUUGGUUCACAAGCCAUCCUCAGUUUCGUCAUUUUUCCCACAUGCCUGAUGAAAAAUACCGAAAGCUCCAAGGAAUGUGGAUGUUACUCUUGCGCACCAUUUGUACUGAAGAAGAAGAUGUUGCAUGGUUUGCGGUGAAUGACAGCCCUUGUGAAGAUUGUCCUAGGAUGUGCAAGAGCCGGUUUACAAAUAGUAGCAUGAGGGGUUAUCCUUUGGAAGAUAUAUAUGCUGCGCUUGGAAAAACAAAGGUUAAAAACAGUGUGUUGGUUCCAACAACAAGUGAGGAAACUUUGCUGGCUUGUAUCAUUGAUGAGGAGCAAGAGUAUCACCAAGAAAGACAAAGCGAAGGUGAAGUCAGUAGAAGAAUCAUCCUCAAUUCAGGUUUAGAGCAGAGUUUGAAAGGUCUAGAAGACAGGAUUGUGAAGGCAAUGGGAGAAGGAUUUGAUAGACUUACCGCAAUGGUGGAGGCAAAGCUGGAGUGGGAUGCUGGUAGAGAUUAUGGUAAAGAUGAUGGUAGAGAUUAUGGAAAGGAGGUUGGUGAGAAAGGCAAAGAAAACAGUGAGACUGGUGAGAAAGUUGAAAACAGUGAGACUGGUGCGAAAGUUGAAAAUCGUGAGGAUGAUGAAAAACUUGAAGAAGAUGUCGAGGAGGAAGAGCAAGAAGCUGAGGAAGUCAAGGAAAAUAGUGAAAAUAAUGAGGAGGAAAAAGAGAACAGUGAGAAUUAUGAGAAAGAGGAUGAUGAAGAAAUGGAGAACAGUGAGUAUGAUGAGCAAGAGGCUGAGAGGAGGAGAGUAGAGGCGGAUGCAGCGUGGAGGAUAAUUCUUUCUGAAUCUGACAAUGAUGAAGAUGUGGAGAAGAAGAAAAAGAAGAAAGAGGCUGAAAACGCUGAGAAACUAGAGAAGGAGGCUGAGAAAGAAUCCGAAGGAACUUUUACACCACUACGUGGUAGGAUAACGCCAUCAGCAGUAGAAGCAGAGAAAGCUGUGGAAACAGAGGAAAAAAACAAUGAGGAAGAAGCUAUGGUAACUGAGAAAGAAGCUAUUGAGACUGAGAAAGAGGCUGAGUAA